UGACAGCACAGGGAGCUUGCCUUCCAAAAAGGUUAAAGUGUCUAGCCCAUUUGUACCGAAAAUUCCGAGGUUGGCGAAAGCUAGUGACACCAGUGACAGCGACUCAGGCUUAGAUUCUGAACUGGAAGCCAGGGAGCAACAAAAAAUUUGGCAAGAAAAGAGAGGACUUAAGAAAUCUGGCAAGAAGUUUGCUGAGGAGCGCAGAGAAGCAUUGAACAGAAUGAAAGUGAAACAAAAGGAAAGGAGAGACAGAAAAGGCAAAACAAAGGAGGAGGAUGAGUAAGUGGAUUUAAUCCUUUUUUUUCCCCCCUUGUGUUUAUAUGAAAAUAUUAAUUUUAAAAACAAGUUAUACUUGAAUGUAGGAGUAUCAUAGUGUGCAUUAAAAUCUGUAAAUUUUAUUGAUAGAAUAUGGUAAAAUAGAUGUUUUUUAAUUAAAUAAAUGUAAUUUUUUAAUUCUAUGAUUAUGCUUGCUAAUAUUUUUAUGGUUAACGGGGUGAUAUGAGACCACUGUAAUAAUAAUAGUAAUAAUAUCCUUAUCAUAGUUUGUACUCAAAUCUUGUAAACUUUCAUGACAGUAUAUGGUAAAAGUCUAAUUGAUAUUUGAAUGCUAUGUUAUCCUUAUCAUAGUUUGUACUAAAUUCUUGUAAACUUCCAUGACAGUAUAUGGUAAAGGUAAAGGUCUUAUUGAAGAAAUAGUAACACAAUGAUAUACAUCUAUUUAUAGCACCUAGUAUUUUUAAUGACAUUUUCUCUUAUCAGGAACAUCAAGGGAAUAAAUGGAAAGACCAUUCCUGAAGACACAUCAACCGAGCACCACGAAAAAGUUAAAUCACCAAUACAAAACCAGAAGAAAAUAUCCGUCAAAAAUAAAAUUCAAUCUGACUCAGACAGGUAGGUCUCGACAAUUGAUGAGGAGAUGAGAAUUUUGCCUUUUCCAUGUUCAGUCAUUCUUGAUGCUUCAGUGUCCAUAGCUAACAGCUUUUGCCCCUCAGUGUCCAUAGCAAACAGCUUUGCCCCUCAGUGUCAAUAGCAAACAGCUUUUGCCCCUCAGCAUCCAUAGCAAACAGCUUUUGCCCCUCAGUGUCCAUAGCAAACAGCUUUUGCCCCUCAGCAUCCAUAGCAAACAGCUUUUGCCCCUCAGCAUCCAUAGCAAACAGCGUUUGCCUCAUGAAGCUACUCUUUGGACAACAGACUCACUGCAUUAAUAAUUCUAAUUGACUUGAUUGAAAGUGAAAGCAUGCUUAAAACAUAAUUAUGGCAAUGACUUCAGAGAUGAGCUGAGCAAUCUUACUUAUGUGGCCCCCUUUCAUCAUUCAUGUAAAGGGCCACUACUUGAAACAAUCAAAUAUUUCAAUGCCAUGUACAUUUAGAAAACUGAAAUCUUUGAAAUUCAUUUAUUUGUCUUGUAGUUUGCUGUAGGUGUUUUUUAAUUACAAAAAUGAAUUUUUUCAGAAUAUUCAGAAGGAAUGAAACAAUAUUGCAAACAUAAUUAAAGUAUUUGCCUUCGCCAAAUAAUAGAUUGAAUAGCUUAAUGCUAAAAGAAAUUACAUCACAAAAUACCAAUUUUGAGAAAAUCCGGUUCAAAGAUUUAAAAUGACCUUUUAAUAAAUACAUUUUAUUCUAUUAUGAACUCACAAAAACACAUUUGAAUUGGAAAACUUGUUAUUCUCAACACAUUUUAAGACAAACAAUUAAAAAAGAAGUCUGCUCUAUGUCUUCAGUGUCACUCUUGUCUCUCUUUGUAUCUCUAUCUUGAAUAUUACUAUCAAAAUUCACCCCCAUCUGGAAGAUUGAUAUGCUUUAAAACAGUGGUUCUCAGCCUUCUUAAUACCGUGACCUUUUAAUACAGUUUCUCAUGUUGUGGCGAACCCCAACCACACAAUUAUUUUUGUUGCUACUUCAUAACUGUAGAGUAUAAGUGUUUUCCGAUGGUCUUAGACGACCCCUGUGAAAGGGAAGUGCGACCCCAAAGGGGUUGUGACCCACAGGUUGUGAACCACUGCUUUAAAAGGUCACAUAUGACACUAUAUUUGCUAUCUUGACAGGCAAAAAAUGGACUUUGGCUCGGUUAUGUUUAGGUGAAGGGAGUUUUAAAAUUUGUUUCUCCAAGUUGAAAAGUAUAUAUAUUAUAUAUAUAUAUAUAUAUGUAUAACAAUUAUUUUGACUUAUUUUUUAAUAUGAAUGUAUUCAAUUAGCCCAAGUGACACCAGCAGCCUGUCAAGUAUGGAUCCUGAUGACCUUGACCCACAGGAAGAUCUGGGCAGCAACAGUGACAAGUCAUCUAGUCAUGCAUCAAAAUCAUCCCGUAAACCAUCCAAAUCACCGCCUGCACCAAAAAGGGCCAAAAAGAGAUAUUUGGAUUCUGAAAGUGACAGGUAAGAACACACUUUUUGGCUUCAUGUUGAGAUUGUGGUUGGUCAAGUGGCAUUCAAUAAGAUUAUGUUGAGAUUGUGGUUGGUCAAGUGGCAUUCAAUAAGAUUAUGUUGAGAUUGUGGUUGGUCAAGUGGCAUUCAAUAAGAUUAUGUUGAGAUUGUGGUUGGUCAAGUGGCAUUCAAUAAGAUUAUGUUGAGAUUGUGGUUGGUCAAGUGGCAUUCAAUAAGAUUAUGUUGAGAUUGUGGUUGGUCAAGUGGCAUUCAAUAAGAUUAUGUUGAGAUUGUGGUUGGUCAAGUGGCAUUCAAUAAGAUUAUGUUGAGAUUGAGGCUGAUUGUCAACUCCUAUGUUCUACUGGAUUGAUUAAUUCGUCAAGUUCUUUCACAAGUUGAAAUACGUUGUACUAUUAUUGCAUAAACUCGAGUCCUUUUCAUAAUAAAUGUAACUUUAAUACCUUAUAAUUAACACAACCUUUAAACUCCAUACACACAUGAAUGUAGCGCAGCUCUCUAUCAGACAGAAAUAAAACACAUCCUACUUUCACAAAGUUCCAUUCACGACUGCCGCACAACUGAAUUUACGCCACAAAACUCACAAUUAAUUAAUACAGUCUAGACAAUACUUCACAAUCAGCAUAAAAAUAUGUCAGAGUCAGGCCGGGAAGAGCGCUCACUAACUAAUAGAACUCUUAAUCAAACACCGCGUGUAAUGAAAUAUAUUAAAAUAUAAUAUUCAGUCGCAACAAUUAUUAUUGACCUUCCAUACUCAAAACUGAUCAAGAAGCUUUCAAUAAGAUUAUGUUGAGUUUUGGGCUGGUCAAGUGGCUUUCAAUCAGGUUAUGUUGAGUUUGUCGCUGGUCAAGUGGCUUUCAAUAAGAUUAAAAUGUUAGUAUUAGACUUCUUGAGUUUAAUGCGUCAGAAAAGUAUGCUUGAAAAAACAUCGCAAAGCUCAUAAGCCAAUGUUUUAAUUAUAUUUAUUUAUGGAAUAAGUUAACCAUAAUCAAAUGGGAAUAAAUAAAUAUUUUUUGUGCACACCAUUUUUAAUAUCUUUUUAGUUUAUCUCAGUAUUUACAGUAAUGUAUUGGUUACAUUAUUAAUCAAUGAAGUCUUUAAAAUUAUUUUUGGUUUAAAUCCCAUUCCUUUAAUAGGUAAGCUUGGUAUCAGUAGGUUCUUCUGUGUAGAUUCUUCUGUGUGGGUUCUUCUGUGUUGGUUCUAAUUGUUUUUAAAUAUUCAAAAGAACACACGAUCAUUAACCAGCAAUAUUUUGAGCCAAUGCCUAUCUCCUUUUUAUUCACCUGCUUAUGGCCUCACACAGAAUUUGAAUGAGUUAUUUGAACAUUUUAAUGAGAUAUCUUUCAUCUACUGAAGUCACAGAAAUAACAAAAGCCGCCAACAAUUGUUGUCUUCUGUUCACAGCAGCCAACCCAACACAGUCUCUGCAGAGGCACUAGAUCAUGGCUCAACUAGGGAAAAGAAAAGCUUGAAAAGGGUUAGAAUACUUGCUUCCGAUGAUGAAAAUGACGCAGAUGACAUUGGUAAUAAGGGUGAGUGAUGAAAAGUUUGUUCUUUUCAAUGUUUUCAUUGUAUUGUGACUGCUGAGUUCAGUAUUUCCAGCUAUAGAAUUACACUGGCAUAAUCAUAUAAGUCUUUUUGCUUUGUUUUUUAGAACAAAUUUAUUCUGUGAUUAAUUUUCUGUAAAAGUUUCUCCUCUGAAAUUUGUCUUACGGUAUUUAACAGACUUGCUGUACAUAAAUUUGAAUAGUUUUACUGAUCAUUUUCAAGGGCUGUAAUGAAGAGGAGUGCACUCCCUUAUGAACAAUUGUUACUCAUAACUGAAUUACGCCCACCUUACCCAGAUUUCGAUGUGCUGAUAUUGCCAGCGUUUGUAAGGUGGUUUGUGUUCAAUUGGUGAAUUGUGGCAUGGGUUCUCAAUUCGGUGAGAUCAGGGUAUGUUGUGCCAAAUAUAAAUAUUUUAAAUUAAUAUUUCUGAACUUAAUUAAAAGCUGUCCCUUGAUUUUAAUUCUCUCUCAGAAAAUCUCCGGGCUGGUCUGGCCGAGGAAAGUUUUACCCUCCAUUUCUCCAGCAGUGAGGACGAAUCAAAGUCUGACAAAGAAGACAAAGACACCAAGUCACCUGCAGGGGCUCCAGGUGAACUCUUAAAUAAAGACUCGACAGGUUAGUCUAAUAAACACGUAUUUGGUGCUAAUCAUGCCACUGACACGUAUUUGGUGCUAAUCAUGCCACUGACACAUAUUUGGUGCUAAUCAUGCCACUGACACGUAUUUGGUGCUUAUAGGGCCUAACCAAAAAAAUGUUGUGACCAGUGACUGCCAUUUUAUUGCUUGAAAACAUUGAGCAUUGAUUUAGUUUGGUAGUUUCCUGUCCAGUCCUAAAAUGUUGGUAAUCAGAGCUUUUUUAAUUGUAGACACAUUCCCGGCCACUCUGCUGACCCAGGGCUUGGACUCGGAUGAUGAAAAUGACCACAUUACACUGAGAACGGCAAUGAAAAGGAAACGCACCAUUUUGGAUGAUGAUGAUUAAAGUUAUGACUUUUACAUUCAAAUUAUUACAUAAUCUUUUUAACAGUCAUCAUAAGCUGUUUCCUGUAUGAUCUUUUCAAAAGCCGUCAAAAGCUAUGUUUUCUGUAUGAUCUUUUUAACAGUCAUAAGCUAUGUUUUCUGUAUGAUCUAUUUUACAAUCAUGUUAUGUUUUCGUCGUGCCCAGCAACUCCUGCCCCUUACAUUACAACAUUUGCACCUUAUGACAUAUGCUAAAAGGACGGAAAUAUGUUAAACAAGGUAUGGGGAAAACCUGAAGAACAAAAGACAGCGAAUAUGUCGGCAAGAGAUAAGAUCUAUAGGAUCUCUUUGUGCGUAACCACCGGCAAGAGAUAGGAUCUCUGGUGAUGCUUCUUGCUGACACAUGGGUUGUUUUGUUGCACCAUGCUUCGGGUUUUCCCCUUGUUUCUAAUACUUAUAUUUCCCUCCACCUUACCUGAUUGCUGUGUCUAAACUCUCUGCCUCAUCAUUGUAAAGGGAGGUGUGUGAAUCAUCUGGACUAGGUAAUCAGUUUAACAUCACAAUUGAUUAUUGGUGAUUAAUCAACCAUUGUGAAUUGUAAUUGAAUUUGGCAAUAAUUUUUUUUGUUAUGGUCAAAUAUGCCAGCUAUGUUACGUUAUCUGAAGUAAUUUUUUUCCAAUCACAUUGAUGAGUGGAAGAGAUCAUUAAUUAAGAAAAAAAGACAAUUUCUUCAGUGUAGUUCUUGUGGUUACAUGGUGGUGAUGUGGCAUUUUGUUCUGUAAUGGGAUCUCUUGUUAAUAAUAUUAAAAUACUUUUUUUUUAUACUGAGAUUUCCUCGCUUACUAGCCAUGAUUAAUUAAUUACUUGAUUUGUACACAAUGUAUCAUUGUGUGAGAAAUAUAUUGAC